AUGUUGUCCAGAAAAGGACUCAUUCCCGAGGAUUAUUUGUUGACUCGGUUGGCGGAGGAUGUGUUACAGCCAAAAUUCAAGACUAAACAGCGGAAAGCGCGAUUCGUCGCCAAAAACGGAACGUGCAACGUCGCGCACACGAACAUUCGCGAACAGGGACGGUUUCUACAGGACGUGUUCACCACUUUGGUGGAUCUGAAAUGGCUUCAUACUCUGGUGAUCUUCACCAUGUCCUUCCUGUGCAGUUGGCUUUUGUUCGGGAUGAUCUGGUGGCUGAUCGCCUUCGCGCACGGAGACCUGGAUUUGAAAGGCGAGGACUUUGUGCCGUGCGUAACGGACAUCCACUCGUUCUCCUCCGCCUUUCUGUUCUCCAUCGAGGUGCAGGUGACCAUCGGCUUCGGAGGACGGAUGAUCACGGAGGAAUGCGUUUCGGCCAUCGUCAUACUUAUUCUUCAGAACAUAGUGGGUCUUGUGAUAAACGCCAUCAUGUUAGGAUGCAUCUUCAUGAAAACGGCGCAAGCAAACCGGCGAGCGGAAACGCUCAUCUUCAGCAAACACGCGGUGAUAACUGUCCGAAACAACAAGCUGUGCUUCAUGUUUCGCCUUGGUGACCUGAGGAAGAGCAUGAUUAUCAGUGCCACCGUCCACAUGCAGGUGGUAAGAAAGACCGUCACCAGCGAAGGCGAGAUGGUGCCUUUGGACCAGAUAGACAUCCAGAUGGACAACCCGGUGGGAACCAACAGCAUCUUUCUGGUGUCCCCCCUCAUCAUCAGUCACACCAUUGACAAAAACAGCCCUCUGUAUGAUCUGUCCGCGGACGAUUUACUGCAUGAGGACAUCGAGGUGAUUGUCGUCCUGGAAGGGGUCGUGGAGACCACCGGCAUCACCACUCAAGCGAGGACCUCUUACCUGUCCGAGGAGAUUUUAUGGGGUCAUAGGUUUGUGCCUACGGUGUCUGAGGAGGACGGGAUGUAUGCUGUGGACUACUCGAAGUUUGGAAACACGGUUAAAGUGGCGACGCCGAACAGCAGUGCGCGGACUCUCGAGGAAGCGGGAGGGAUGGAGAGGUUCAAACUGCAGGAGACCAGCGGCGCAUGCGCAGCAGUGAGGAGAAGAGUCAAACACCCAAACACCAAAGAAAUGUGA